AUGAAGAUGGAAGCUGACUCCAGUUUGAUCUUCAGCAACAUGCAUGAUCCCUUAAACACUGACAGGGAUUAUUCCUUAACAUGGAGUGCCUGUGUGAACAUCACCCACAGCCAGUGUCAGAUGUUGCCUUACCACACCACACUCACACCUCAUUUCUUAAUUGUCAAAAGCAUGGAAAUGGACAAGUUCCUCAAGUUCUUCAUGUACCUUCAUCGCCUCGGUUGCUAUCAACAUAUCCUGCUUUUUGGCUGUAGCCUUGCCUUCCCUGAGUGCAUCGGUGAUGGUGAUGACAGUCCUGGACUCCUGCCCUGUAGAUCCUUCUGUGAGGCUGCCAAGAAGGGCUGUGAAUCAGUGCUGGGGGUUGUAAAUGCCUCCUGGCCCCAUUUCCUUAAGUGUUCCCAGUUUCAAAACCAAAAUGAAAGCAGCAAUGUCAGCAGAACUUGCUUCUCACCACAACCAGAUAAAGGAAGGCAAUUGCUGUGUGGAGGAGGUGAGAACUUUCUGUGUUCCAGCGGAAUCUGCGUGCCCAAGAAGCUGCAGUGUAACGGCUACAAUGACUGUGAUGACUGGAGUGAUGAGGCGCAUUGCAAUUGCAGUGAGAACAUGUUUCACUGUCACACAGGCAAGUGCCUUAAUUACAGCCUGGUGUGUGAUGGCUAUGAUGACUGUGGCGACCUGAGUGAUGAACAGAACUGUGAUUGCAACCCUACCCAGGAGCAUCGCUGUGGGGAUGGGCGCUGCAUUGCAAUAGAUUGGGUAUGUGAUGGAGACCACGACUGUGUAGAUAAAUCCGAUGAGGUCAAUUGCUCUUGUCUCAGCCAGGGUCUGGUGGAAUGCAGAAAUGGACAGUGUAUCCCCAGCACAUUUCGGUGUGAUGGAGACGAGGACUGUAAGGAUGGAAGUGAUGAGGAGAAUUGCAAUGACAGUCAGACUCCAUGUCAAGAAGGAGACCAAAGAUGCCUUUACAAUUCCUGCCUUGAUUCAUGUGGUGAUAGCUCUCCCUGUGACCUGAGCAACAGUCUGAAUAACUGUAGUCAAUGUGAACCAAUUACAUUGGAGCUCUGCAUGAAUUUGCCUUACAACUAUACAAAUUACCCAAAUUACCUUGGUCACAGGACUCAAAAGGAAGCUUCUAUCAGUUGGGAAUCCUCUCUGUUCCCUGCACUUGUUCAGACCAACUGUUACAAAUACCUCAUGUUUUUUGCCUGCACCAUUUUGGUACCAAAGUGUGACAUGAAUACAAGCCAGCGCAUUCCUCCUUGCAGAGGGCUGUGUGAACACUCCAAAGAACGCUGUGAGUCUCUUCUUGGAAUUGUGGGACUACAGUGGCCUGAAGACACAGAUUGCAAUCAGUUUCCAGAAGAAAACUCAGACAAUCAAACCUGUCUAAUGCCUGAUGAAGAUGUGGAAGAAUGCUCACCUAGUCAUUUCAAGUGCAGAUCAGGACGGUGUAUUCUGGCUUCCAGAAGAUGUGAUGGCCAGGCAGAUUGUGAUGAUGACAGUGAUGAAGAAAACUGUGGCUGUAAGGAGAGAGAUCUUUGGGAAUGCCCAUCUAAUAAGCAGUGCUUGAAGCACACAGUCAUCUGUGAUGGGUUCCCAGACUGCCCUGAUAACAUGGAUGAAAAAAACUGCUCCUUUUGCCAAGAUGAUGAACUAGAAUGCACAAGCCAUGAGUGUGUGUCUCGCGACCGGUGGUGCAAUGGUGAAGCGGACUGCAGGGACAGUUCAGAUGAAUGGGAUUGUGUGACCCUCUCUAAAAAUGUGAACUCCUCGUCAUUCCUGACUGCUUACAGAUCUGCCCUGGAACACCAUGUGUGUGCAGAUGGCUGGGAGGAGACAUUGAGUCAGUUGGCCUGCAAGCAGAUGGGUUUAGGGGAACCAUCUGUGACAGAAUUGAUAGAGGAUCAGGAGCAAAACCUGCAGUGGCUGACAUUAAAAUUAAACUGGGAGAGUCACAAUGGCACUACAUUACAUGAGCUGCUUGUUAAAGGGCAGUCUUGCCAAAGCAGACAUAAGAUUUCUCUUCUGUGUACAGAAAAAGACUGUGGGCGCCGUCCUGCUGCCCGGAUGAACAAGAGGAUACUGGGAGGUCGGACAAGUCGCCCUGGAAGGUGGCCCUGGCAGUGUUCCCUGCAGAGUGAACCCAGUGGACACAUUUGUGGCUGUGUUCUCAUUGCCAAGAAGUGGGUUCUGACUGUUGCCCACUGUUUUGAGGGGAGAGAGAACGCUGCCCUUUGGAGAGUGGUAUUUGGCAUCAACAAUCUUGACCACCCAUCUACAUUCAUGCAGACCCGCCUGGUGAAGGCCAUCAUUCUGCACCCUCGCUACAGUCGAGCAGUGGUGGACUAUGAUAUCAGUAUAGUGGAGCUCAGCGAAGACAUCAAUGAAACGAGCUAUGUCAGGCCUGUCUGCUUACCCAGAACUGAGCAGUCAUUAGAGCCUGAUACAUACUGCUAUAUCACAGGCUGGGGGCACAUGGGCAACAAAAUGCCAUUUAAGCUGCAAGAGGGAGAAGUCCGUAUUAUUUCCUUGGAGCAGUGCCAGUCGUACUUUGACAUGAAGACCAUCACCAACCGGAUGAUAUGUGCAGGCUAUGAGUCUGGCACGAUCGACUCCUGCAUGGGUGACAGCGGUGGACCUCUUGUUUGUGAGCAGUCUCGGGGACGGUGGACAUUAUUUGGUUUAACUUCAUGGGGCUCCAUUUGCUUUUCCAAAGUCCUGGGGCCUGGAGUUUAUAGCAAUGUGUCAUACUUUCUCGAAUGGAUCCAAAGACAAAUAUACACCCAUACUUUUCUCCUAAAUUAAUUCCAAAGAUGAUCAGAGACCUUUGCCAGCUAUAUUCAAAGCAAAUGGCCUUCUCGACUGUGGAGAGCUUCCUGCAGAGAAUUGUACAGAAGCACUUUCACGGAGCAGAUGCUCAACAGCGUAUUGCAAAUGUUCGUGUUUGUUUUGGUCUAAUUUUAUUCAACCUUUUCCUCCAACUUUAUAUUCCUCUUAUUUCCAGUUCAAUGGAAGUGGGAAAAAUAUCAAAAACAGUGCUUGUUCUUUUGCCAGAUCUAAUCUUGGCAGUAGAAUAAAAUGAUCAAAUGUAGAGAGAGUUAUACAAAGGCAGGAACUCAGGUAACAAGUUAUAGAAAAUUCUCUUUUAUCUGAUCAGAAAAAGGACACUGAAAUUCAAGCUUACUAAUCUUUGCCAGCUUAUCUUUUUCAAGGAUAGUAACAUGGCAUAUUUCAAUAUUAUCAUUGCAGAUUUGGUUUGCUUUCUUAAAAACCA